AUGGCCGGCAUCUGCCACCGGCCACUCUUCACACCACCGCCUCUGUCGCUGGGCAGUCGGCUGAUGCGCACAGCCUCGGCCACGACUCAGCCGACGUGGCCCAGCUCGCAGCGGCCGACGCCGGGCCGUGGCUUCUCAUCCGAGAGCGAUCUCCGUCUGGGGGCAUCAGCGGGCCCUCGACAGCGGCCAGCACCGCUCCAGCAGCAGAAGCCGCAGAAGCAGCAGAGAGCCGCGUCGACGAGCCAGCGGAGGGUGCCGCCGCGUCGUCGUGGCGAGAUGUCGCCAUCCGUCGGCAUGGCCCAGAUGAAUGCCACGCGGACGGCCUCUCUGAUUUCCUUUCGCAUUCCUCACACCUUUGUUCCGCCGCCGAUGACGCAGUACCUCAGCUCGCCGGGCACGUUUGCCAAGCUGUUCUGGUACCGGCUCAAGACGCGGGCCACCGACGCCAUGUCGGAGCUCUCAGUCCGGCUGCAGAGCAAACCCGGCUUCUUCCAGGGCGGUCGGUUCAAGCCGCACAAGAAGGCGCUUGUGCCCAUGGCCCAGACGAUGCACGCACAGAUGCUCGAGGCCACGGCUGCUGGCGACACCGCCACGCUCGGCCGCCUGCUGACCCACAGCCACAUGGACGAGGUGGCUGGCCUGAUUGCGCGCCGGCCGCGUGGCCGCCGCUGCCAGUGGGAGCUGCUGUCGUACCAGGGUCGUCCGCGCCUGGUCGACAGCAAGGUCGUCAUGAUCCCCGGGCCUACAUCCACGUACAUCCGCCAGAUCGUCGUCUCCAUCCGCAGUCGUCAGCGCUUCACCUGGUUCGACGACCGCACUGCCAAACCCGGCACCGGCCCGUCGCCAUUGCCGGCGCCAUCGCUGUCUGUCGUCGAGAAGGACGCCAAGGAGAACGUCGUGCUGGUUGCCUCGCUCGACCGCAGCACCUGGGAGACGUCCGAGUGGCGCAUCUUUGGCUUCAUGCCCGAGACCACCGUCGAGAGCUGGGAGGACGAGGUCCGCCUCGUUGACCAGGCCACCAAAGACGGCAGCACCAUUGGCUAG